AUGGCGACUGAGAAUUUUGUCCUGGCACCUAGGUCAGGGAUCAGCUACGGAGCAACAGAUCCGGUUCUAUCCAACAAAAGUUUGUAUCCAAAUUUCUAUCGGACCCUUCAGAAUGACCAGGCCCAGUUUGAUGCCAUUGUAAAGUUACUUAAAUAUUUUGGUUGGAACUGGGUGGGUAUCAUUGCCUCGGAUGAUGACAGCGGAGAAACGCAGCGUCGGGAGCUGGAGAAAAUGGCUGCCAUCCAUGGAAUAUGUAUCGAGUUCUCCCUACAGUUACCUCCCAAUAAAUACUAUAAACAUAUAGAGGUUAUAAAUAGAAACAGACGUAUUAUUAACAGAGCAACCUCGCAGAUUGUGAUACUCUGCGGCACAGCAUCGUACCGCUCCAUGUAUUUGUUCACGGAUGAAAGUGGAGACAUUCGCCAAAAGACUUUUAUAAUCCCUGCCAGCUGGAAUGUUAUCAUUUACAAUAGCAGUGUGUCUUCCAGUCCAUUUAAUGGUAGUCUGGUAUUUACACGUCCUGAUAAAGUGAUUCCUAGUCUUCAGAAUUUUCUAGAAAACGUCAGUCCAUCAAAUCGACCCAAUGACAUUCUACUGGAAGAUAUACGGGCAUAUUACUUUAACUGCUUAACAUCAAAUCCAGUCUGGAAUGGAAUAAUACAAAACUACUUCAAAACCGGUUACAGAAAUUGUAGCACGACGGAGGGAAUCAUUAAACUUGGCCGAAAGAACUAUGACACUCACUUUUUAAGAAGAGUUCACUUCAGAGAUCCCACCGGAGAAGAGGUCUACUUUAAAGAAAAUGGAGAGAUGUCCUCAGUGUAUCACGUAAAGAAUCAGAUUUUUUUACCAAACGGAACCAACAUAGAAAAACACGUUGCAAUCAUUGAUCUAUCGGCUCCGGAAGGGAAACAGCUCAACAUUCGCCAGAGGCUAAUAACUUGGAAAUACAACACCAAGGAGGUUCCUUAUUCUCGUUGUUCCAAAGACUGUCUUUCUGGAUACAGAAGGGUUUUACAAAGGGGAAAGCAUAUCUGCUGCUUCGACUGCGUCCAGUGCUCAGAGGGAGAGAUCUCCAAUAAAAUAGACAAGGACUCUUGUCAAAAAUGUGCAGAUGACCAGUGGCCAAAUGAGAAGAAGGACAAAUGCGUUAAGAAGCCCACUGAGUUUUUAUCAUAUGAUCGGGAUCCAGUUGCACUGGUUCUUUGUAUAAUCUCUGUUACCUUAUCUGUCAUAACCUUGGUUAUCUUGGUUAUAUUUAUUUUGUACCGGGACACCCCCAUUGUCAGAGCUAAUAAUAGGAAUCUCAGCUUCCUCCUCCUGGUGUCCAUCAUCCUGAGCUUCCUCUGUGUGUUUCUGUUCCUCGGUCGUCCUGAGGAUGUAACCUGCAUGCUGCGACAAACUGCUUUUGGGGUCAUCUUCUCAGUAGCUGUGUCUUCUCUGUUGGCCAAGACCAUCAUGGUCUGCAUCGCUUUCAAAGCCACCAAACCCAGCAGCAAAUGGAGAAAAUAUAUUGGAGUCAAAUUACCCAAUUAUGUUGUGUUUAUCUGUUCAUUUAUUCAGGUUGUCAUUUGCAUCUGCUGGUUGUCUAUUUCUCCUCCGUACCAGGAAACAAACAUUCACUCCUACCCUGGAAAGAUCAUUAUUCAGUGUAAUGAGGGGUCAGUGGUUGCUUUUUACACUGUCCUGGGGUACAUGGGAUUCCUGGCCGCUGUGAGUUUCGUUGUCGCUUUCCUGGCCAGGAAAUUACCGGACAGUUUUAAUGAAGCCAAGUACAUCACCUUCAGCAUGCUGAUCUUCUGUAACGUCUGGAUCUCUUUUAUCCCGGCUUAUAUGAGCGUUUCAGGGAAAAACACAGCGAUUGUUGAGAUUUUUGCAAUAUUAGCUUCUAGCUUUGGGAUUCUUGGUUGUUUAUUUUUUCCUAAAUUCUACAUUAUUCUUCUAAGGCCAGAUAUGAAUUCAAAGAAACACCUGCUAAGAUUGGAAUGUUAA